ACCUCCACCACCACUCUGCCGCUUUGCACGCACCGACCGCCCGCUCGCACGCUCCAUCGCCGAGAGCAUUGGCCGGUCCCGGUCUCCGCAGCAGCAGAAGCCAUCACCGCCCACCCACCAGCCGUGACACAGCAGCAGCGGCAGUAGCGACGGCGCCGGCUGCAGCAGUCCACGGCCUGAUCCUACCCCCCUCCGCCGUGCACUCCCACUCGCGCCGGCAGACGCAUGAUAUCCACCACCGUCCUCCGCUGCACCGACCCUGCUGCGCACCCACAUCGCACCAUCCCCGCGCUGUGCUCGACCGCCAGCACGGCGUCUCAUAGCGCGCAGCCAUGUUUUGGCGCUUUGGCGGAUAUGCCAACAUAAGCACCAUUGACACCAUCCUCGACAAGCAAGAUGUCACCCUCGAGGAACUGCUGGACGAGAGCGACUUGAUCCAAGAGCUGAAGCAGCAGAAUAGCAAGCUGAUUGAGUUUCUGCGGGACGAAGAGCGCCUCAAGAAGCUACUUGCCUAUGUCAUCGCGGAGCCUAAGUCGGAGGAAGAUGCAGAAGCCACGGGCGAGCAGAAAGAGACCACACCCGGUACGCCCAAAUCUCCAGGCGAGGAGGAGAAGAGUUCAGGCAUAUCCUUCUUUAAAGGAAAGAACCGAGCGCGAUCAAAGUCCGUGAACAAAACGGGCGCCGAUGGCGAGACGGAGCAGGAGAAGAGGGAAGCACAGCGGAAAAAGUAUGCCUACGUCGCGUGCGAGGUGCUGUCUUCCGAGGUCUGGUCUAUCAGUGAAGCCUUGCUGGAGCAGCGUGAUCAUCUGCGCGAAUUCUGGCAGUAUGUGAAGCGUCCUGCGCCGCUGGACCCUCUACAAGCCGGCUACUUCACCAAAGUCAACGAAGCGCUACUGGAUAAAAAGACGGAGGAAAUGCUCGACUUUUUUAAGAAUCUCGAGGGCAUUGUUCCUUCAAUGCUGGAGCACGUUGACUGCCCCAUGGUCAUGGACUUGCUGCUCAAGAUAAUUUCACUGGAGAAGCACGAGGGCGGACAGGGAAUUGUGGACUGGCUACAGCAGCAGAAUCUAAUCCCCCUUCUACUCGGAUACCUCUCAGAUCAGCAUAAUGGUGCGACUCAGACCUCUGCAGGCGACUUCCUGAAAGCGAUCAUCACGAUAUCCGCGAAUGCCACAACACAGGACCAGUCGGUCAUCGGCCCGAACGAGCUCACACGGCAAUUGGUGUCUGAGCCAUGCAUUCAGACGCUGAUUGACGGCAUGCUGAAGGGCGGAAAUCCGUUGACAGUGGGUGUUGGCAUUGUGAUUGAAGUCAUUCGAAAGAACAACUCAGACUACGAUUUGGACAAUCAAGUGGGCCCAGAGCCGAAGACAUCAGAUCCCAUCUAUCUCGGCACUCUUCUUCGCAAGUUCGCGACCCACGUACCAGACUUCAUGCAUCUGAUUCGGUCGCCCAAUGCCCAGAAACCAGAGCUCAAGGCUGCAUUCGGACGGAAGAUUCAACCCCUGGGCUUCGAUCGGUUCAAGACGUGCGAACUCAUGGCUGAAUUGCUUCAUUGCAGCAAUAUGGGCCUCCUGAACGAACGCGGCGCCGAAGACGAAGUUUCAAAACGUGAUGCGGAGCGCAACAGGCUCAAGGCAGAAGGAAAGCUUGCGACUCCACGCGUACGUCAGAGUCCUACGCCAGACAUGUCUCAUGACGAGUUUGGCAGUAGCGUCGAUUCCCACGGAUUCCAUCAUGCGGAACGGCCCAGCGACGACGACCUCGAUGAGAAACCAGAGGAGAUUCGUAAGCUGGAAGUGCAGAAUGCCUCGGACGAGGACGGAUUUGAAAAGGUCAAUGCGCCCUCGGAAGACUUCCCCGACGAGGUCACUUUCGACGAUCUGAGCGAAAAGAUCGAUGAUACGACUCACAGUGACCUACCAAAACUAGAGAAGGUGGUGAAGCGCGAUCCCUCUGAUCCUCAAAACCAGUCGCCUCAGUCGCCCAUGAGCCCCAGCGCCAUUCCACAGCCGCUAUCGCCCAAGAAGAACGCCGCAUCGCCUCCAAAGCAACCACCUCCCCAUUUUGACCCUCCGCCCACGCACUCUGUGGACUCACCAACGACUGCAGAAGCGACGGAUCGACUCAACAACCUGGACGUGGACGAAGAUACCGUGAUGUCCGAAUUUGGCGAGGAGCCAGAGGAGGACAAGGAUGACGCCCCUUCAGAACUCGAGCGAGAGCUGGCUCGCGCAGCCGAGAAGCCUGCGCCACUUUUUGUUAACAAGACACCAGCCGCAAGUCAGAAUGAGCCCACACCAUCGAACAGUGAAAGCUCACAAGACAUUGAGCAAAGCACAGCGACCUUGCAUGCGCGAGCGCCGAGCACAUUGUCAAAUGGCGAACGCGCGCCCUAUGAUACUGAGCUUGAUGGCAGCCCCGUUGUGGGCGAUUUGCUCAAAAUUAAAUUCGUGGAGCACCAGGUCGUGCCAACCAUACUUGACUUCUUUUUCCGUUUUCCGUGGAACAACUUUUUGCAUAACGUGGUAUAUGAUGUUGUACAACAAGUCUUCAACGGCACGCUGGACCGCGGUUACAACCGAACUUUGGCAUUCGACCUUUUCUCUCCAGCUCGAGGACCAGAUAGCAAGACCGCAGAGGAGAUUGGACUUGCAUCCGGCAAAGACAUCACAGACCGCAUACUAGAUGGGCAAGCCGCCUCAGACGAAUCGCAGAAGCAUAAGGGCAUGCGGUUGGGCUACAUGGGCCAUCUGACAUUGAUAGCCGAGGAAGUGUGCAAGUUCGGCAAUAAGAUUGGGACUGAGGAACUAGACCCGGCUAUCACAGAGCGUGUUAGCAGAGAGCCUUGGGUCGUGUAUGUGGAAGGCACGCUUGCGGAAACGCGAGACAAGGACAAUGCAGUUCUUGGUGGAGUGCGGCCGGAGAACGCAAUAGGAAUUCGGUCGAUGGGCAUGGGUGGAGGCGGGCUCUCCGGCGGCUUUUCAUCGAACACCCAGAACACACUCGCCAAUGCAGGACUCGGCGGCAACAGUAGCAUGACUCCACAGGACAGUUUGGCGUUACAGGAAGGCUCGGUCGGACAGAGCUUCGAGAUUAACUCCGGAACCAUGCUCUCCGGAUUCGGCGACGGUGAUGAGGACGAAGAAAUGGAAGACGAAGCCAUCAUUCGGGAGAGAGAAAGACAGAGGGCAUUUGCGGAGGAUGAACAGGACACGCCAUCACCAGAUUCUAACAAGACUUCCACCGGCACAGUCCAACCCCUCAAUAUCCCACCCUCACGAGCCCGACGCACUCUCGCCGCCCGCCUAGCGCAAAAAAACCAAGACAAAACUCUCGACAACGACCCCGACGCAGCAGACGCUUCCGCCGUCGAAAUCGCUUCUACCCUCCCGGAAGAACCCCUCGAACUUUCAAACUCCCCGGAACAAAGCGACAGCACCAAAAGUCUCGACGGACUCCAAAUCACAGGCCUUCGAACUGUUUCCGGAGCAGGCCACGUUUCUCGUGCGAGCGGGAGUAAAUUCUCUGGACUCUUUAGUAGUAGUGAUUCCGAUUCCGACAACGAUUCUGAUGACGAUUCGAGUAUCGAUGAAGAUGACGCAGGGAGAGAUCAUACUUUGACGAGAGAUGGAGGAGAUUACGAUGAUCCUGGUCCUUCGCCUUCGAAUUCGAGUCGAAGGCUCGAUACUGCAUCUUCCUCUUCAACUAAACGUCGUUCUUCGAGAAGGGAACGGAGACCUAGUACGACUGAAGCACAAGUGAGGAAACCUCUGGAUGAUGAUUCGGACGAGGAUUCUGAGGAUGUGAAUUUGGAUUUGGAAAUUGGGGAUUUGCCGGAGAGUGUUGAGAGGAAAUUGGUGUUGGAUUCGGCGGCGAAUAGUGGGGCUGCUUCGCCUUUUGGGGAUUUGCCUAGGGGGUUGCAUGAUGAUGGGCUUGAUGAUGAUGAUGAUGAUGAUGAUGAUGAUAGUUCGGAGGAUGAUUUGGUGGAGAUUCGGCCUAGGAGGACGAGUUAGGGACUUGUUGGGGAUUUUUCGGCUACGAAGGAGAGUGAGGUGACAGGGAGGGGGAAGGAUGAGAAGAGGUCUUUUGAGAAUCCGAUGUUGGAUUUUUGAGUAGGGGACGAGGUUUGUUCUUGUUGUUGGACGUUACACCGGCUGCGGUAGAGGUGGAAGUCGGAGCUGGUGGCGGCAUGCUGUUGGCGGUAUGCUGUUGGCUAGGUAUGAUAUCAACAACAACUUCUUUGGGAAAGAUGCGGUGGGAGGUUGGCUUUUUGGGUUUUCUCGUAUAGCGAGUGGAAGAAGAAACAGCAAUGGCAAGCAGGCAGGCAAUUGAAGCCAGUCAGCUACUACAGGAUCGGAAGGGUUGGUCUUGCGCGUGAUAUUAUGAAGAAGCAUCGGUAUCGGCGCGGCAACUUUGGUUUCGAAUAAGAUGGCGUUAUACAGGACGAAUUUCUGGUAUCGGCCGACACUGGCCGACACUGUCAGGUUGAGAAGGCUUCAAGAUAGAGAAUUGA